UUUGGAGCAUGCCUCGCACUCGUCUUGGCUCUCUGUGCUCAUGGAUUGACGCCAUCUUCGCCGUCGACGGGGCCCGUCGUGGAUGAGCUGGCCAGACUGGCUGGGGUGCCCAAGGCCUGGGGGCGUCCAACUCUUGUUGUCAUCGCAGUGUCGUACAGUUUCCGCCUUCUCGGAUUGAACUCUUUACGUGCAACACAACGCUUCAACGCUCCGGCAAGCCUCUUGUGCUUGGAUGAGCAAACUGUCGGCUGGUUACAGCAAUACAACAUAUCGUGUCCCCUUGUUGUUCUUGACGAUGAGCCGUUUGUGCCCACCGAUACAAACAUUCACUCGAAUAAAAAGCGUGCCGAGCAGCUAUCUCGCCUGUGGGCUCUUCGCAUGCAUGUCGUGGCUGGCCUUCUUGCUCGCAACAUUGACGUCUUUGUCCUUGAUGCAGAUGCCGUCUGGAAUCAAGACGUGCUUGCCUAUCUGGCCGGAAUUCGUCGACUCUAUGCCCCUGAGAUUGGGCAUGAGCAAGGCCCUGAUAUCGUCGGGCAACGCGGCUCAUUCCCACAAGCUUUGGGUGAAGCGACCCUGGGCAGUACGCUCUGUGGUGGGAUGAUUUUUUUUCGUGCAUCGCCAGCCGUGGCUCAGCUCUUCGAUGUCAUUGCACAUCACAUGGACAUGUUCGAGUACGAUGAUCAGGUGGCGGUGAAUGCGCUCCUGUUUCAAGCAGCAGGAGGGCAGCAGCUAGCCCCUUUGCGAAAGCAUAAGCAUAACGCCAUGCCCAUACCAGAUCAUUGGAUUUGGCUCACACCUUCAGAAAACCAGGACCUGAGUCCCACCGCGUUGCAUUUAAAUUAUGUCGACUCUCGUCAGCUGGCCCUUGCUCGGGUAAUUCCGAGCUCGGCUAAGUUGGGCCAUGAAAUUGUCAUGCGGCUUCAAGCCAACAUCACCGUGGGGUAUCUGCCGCAUUCGGCCUUCCCGCGCCGAUGCCCGACUGAAAUCAACUCUGAUGAGCUUGUGGCCAUCCACUGCUUUGGCGAUACUUCAUCGUCACGCUAUAACCGACUCGUCGCACUUGACCUCUGGUUUCUUGAUUCAUCGCCAUAACAUGCAAAUGACAAGACAUUUAAAAUUUUUACGAUUGACUCGCGCGUGUAUACGAGGAAUCGAGCUGAUAGACUUGAUGAUCCAAUUGGACACAACCUUG